AUGGAGGUUUGUAACCCCGUGCCUACUACUCCCAUGGUUGUUUCAACCGAUCCAGCAAAUGUUUUGCUAGAUAUUUAUUCUUCUUUACCAAUUUCACAACCUGUUAACUCAGAGGCUACUGGUGCUUUUAGUACAGUAGAUGAUGCAUUUUGUGUCACCUCUAAACCUGAGGUUGUUUAUAUCAAUAGGAUUUGUGCUAGCUCCUCAUUAGUUAAGGUCACAGUUGGAGAGGUACCCAUUACAGCCAGGAUUGAUUCCGGAGCAGAGAUGACUAUUAUCUCCACAUCUGUAUUUGACAGACUACGGAAAAAACCUAAGAAGUUGAAAGAUGUUGUUAUGCACUUGACAGACACAGAAUCUUCUCUGAAUGGCACUUGGAUUGCGCCAAUUAGUCUGAAAAUUGGUUCCAGCGUGUUUAAGGAAAGCGUGUAUGUGGCCCCCAUCAGUGAUGAAAUGUUAUUAGGACAUGAUCUCCUACACAAAUGGGGCACCAUCCACGAUAUGAAAACAGAUACUCUUCUGAUAGGGGAGGAGAGGGUGUACUUAAAACACGAAAUUCAGAGAUGA